GCGAUGUGAUUCAGGACGCCAGUACUCUGCUGUUGAGUGGCAGUGCCAGCUACGUGGCCGGAGUAACAACCAGUGCCUCCUGUGCUUCCUGCAUGUGCUUCUUUUCAACGACGACGAACCGCCAAGCAUAAACCAUGCAAGGACUGAGUACGCAUGCUCCUCUGAAAGUUGCUUCACUAGGUUUGACUGAGUACGGAAGCGCUGAGGUGCCGAUCCUGGUGUCCAGCAGCAGCAGCAGUAGCAGCGAAAGUGAUGACUCAUCGCUCUCUAGCAGCGACCCAGAAAUGGAAGAAUAUUCAGUCACUUCGGAAAACCCCACGGGUGUUCCAAGCAACCCCAUCCGUCAACUGAAUGGAUACCUACAAACGGGGCUGAAACAAGUUGUUGCGGACCCGAACACGAUUCCUUACGGAACCGAGGGAGGAAGCAUACUCAUCGUCUGCGGUAUGUGCUGUCGGUUUUUCGACAACCUGUCUACCUGGCACAAGCACGUCUUCAAGUCUCCGGGUGGUGAACACUGCUGUCGCAAGGAAUGCGACAAACCAUACCCACAAAAGUUGCAAAUCGUCAGAAAACACGAAAAGCACGCUGCCGGGGAGCCCUACACUCUCGAAGGACUAGAUAAGUCUUUCACCUACGAGCAGAAGCGUCGCAAACUCAUGGACGACAAACCAGAGGUCGACCAAGAAUGUCACAAGUCGUCUGAGCGCAAGGUGCGUCUCGACGAUCACCUCAUCAGGCACGAUGACGUAAAACCAAACGUUUGGCAAGAAUGCGAUGGAUUGUUUAAGCGCAAGUCAAGCCUCGGCCAACCCGACGUCGGCCAAGAAUUUCACGAGUCGUUUGUGCGCAAGGAGUGUCUCGAUGUCCAUCCCGACAUGCAUGACCACGUGAAACCACGCGUUUUCCAAGAAUGUAAUGGAGCAUUUGCGUACAAUUCAACCCUCGGUGUUCAUUGUCAUAGCCCCGCUGAAGAAAUGUCGUACCAGUGUAAGCAGUGCGGCUUUCAUUUCGCUGAGAAAGGAGCCCUCGAAAAGCACAUGCGCUGGCAUUAUAUGUGCCUCGCGUGUUCUGAUACUUUCACAAAUAUAGUUGAACUGUCCACGCACCUAAUGAUCCACAUUGGUGAUUAGCACCGACAGGUUCGUUUGCGCUCUGUUGAACUAAGUCGUGUGCACCGUUUGCACGCGGACGUCAAAAAGAAGCUAUUCUUCUAGAACCCAUGUGCGACAUAUUUUGCUGGCAUUUGUGAAAACAAGGUUUACAUCCUUUCACGCAAGGAGCGAAGAACUGACCUUGUAUAUGCUGUGCAAAGUGCAGUUUUUCUGACGUGGAAAAAUGUCUGAGAAAUUCGGACGCUAGCCGCGUAAGCUGGCUGUCCAAAAUUUCCACACAAGACGUCCCCGCAAGGAAUUCGGGAAUUCGGCAUGCGUGCACUGUUCGUAGCCCUAUAUACACUGUGUUGUCUGCGAACUGAGUUUUAGCAAAUUUAGUCAUUGACAAACCCAACAUGGGCGGCGCUUUUAUGUUUUUUUUUUUUUACAACAAGAGUAGGAAAUCUCUUGUGUGUAACAAACAAGGCUGUUGUUAAUUUGCAGAAAAUUUCUGUUAUCAGCUUUCUGGCCCUUUUCAGGUAUUUCUAAUGUACCGUCUUCGAGUUGAUCGCCGUUGUGUGAGAAGGAAACAGAUGUCGCUAUGAAGACUUUUAGAGCUGUAGGAGUGCCUUACCCCUCCCCCCUCAACCAUUAGGGUUAAAGAGUAAGCUGCUUUAUUUGUUGAGAUUGUUCACCUCUGUGUUCUUCCACGGAAUGUACAUGAUAUUUAGGCACACUAAUGUUGCAAUGCCAGCAUAAAGUAAAGAAAAAUCAUGGUAUUAAAUUUUAUGUUUUAAGUCUUGCAAUGUCGAGACAUAAUGUAAUAGUAUGAACCAAACAUGUCACGUUCCCCAUUGACACCUGUUGCAUCGCUCGCGUACCUUUGCACAUAUACAGGGUGUCCUAGCUAUCACGCAGCACGAUUUAAAAAAAGGGGAACGGCGUUACGCGAAGCCAACCUAGUGCGUAUUGUUUCCAGUACAGUGGAAUU